CAGCCAUGGUCUGAGGCGGGCGCCUCACCUGUCAGCCGCGCCGGCUCCUGCGCUCGCCUCUCGCCCUCGUGUCCACUGCUCUCGCCACUCGCCGGGCGGGGGCGGCGACGGCCCGGCCACCAUGAUACAUUUCAUAUUGCUGUUCAGUCGACAAGGGAAAUUACGGCUGCAGAAAUGGUACACUACGCUCCCUGACAAGGAAAGGAAAAAGAUCACCCGGGAGAUUGUACAGAUUAUUCUCUCUCGUGGGCAGAGGACAAGCAGCUUUGUUGAUUGGAAGGAGCUAAAACUUGUUUAUAAAAGGUAUGCUAGUUUAUAUUUUUGCUGUGCAGUAGAAAAUCAAGACAAUGAGCUCUUGACACUAGAGAUCGUGCAUCGUUAUGUGGAGUUGCUGGACAAAUACUUUGGAAAUGUCUGCGAGCUGGAUAUUAUCUUUAAUUUCGAAAAGGCUUAUUUUAUCCUGGACGAGUUUAUCAUAGGUGGAGAAAUUCAGGAAACAUCCAAGAAAUCCGCUGUCAAAGCCAUUGAAGAUUCUGAUAUGUUACAGGAGCUGAAGGAAAAUACUCCAGGAUCCAGAGAAGGCAGAGCCAAGAGAUGGAGAGAACCUAAAAAAUGUUGGCAAGAAAGCCAACCAAGUAGAAACAGCCACACUAGACUGUGAUGUGCGACAGAAAGAAAUUUCUAUUGUGUUAAGCCGCUGACAGCGUGUGGUUGUUUGUUACAGCAAUGAGCCUACUCUAAUACAUGACACAAUUAUGGGCUACCAUUAUUAGCAGGAUCAGGAUAUGUGUAAUCAAGUUUGUUUUUGGAAAAGGAAAAAUAUAGCACGGUUUAGUGCUAAUACAAGCAACUAAUUAUCUAGAAGAGGGUGGGUAAUAAAUCUGAUCGGGAGAGUAGAGAAGUAAGACUGCUGAGAAGUAAGAUUACGAUGUUACCAUACACACAUCACGUCAAUUUUGUAGACGUACCCUGAGCCUGCAUACAAAUUUCAUUUAGCCAUCACUGUAUAAAAAAUUGAAUCAAUUGUGUGAUUUCAUACAAAAAUUAGAUUUUUUUUUUGUUUCACUUGGAAAAUUGUAAGAACUAGCCACUUUGGGCCUGCAUUUCUGCAUGGCAGAAUCAGCUGGGGCUGGAGAGCGUGCACUGCUCUUUUCUACAGUUCUCACCAGUCUACCUGCCCACCUCACUGAUUUACACACUAGCCUAGCCUAGGGGCAUUUUCAUUUUGAUCCCUGUACUAAAUUUUUACUUGGCUUCUGUGGUUGCUGGUGUAGCAUCUUAAUCUGACUUUUGAGACCUUCCAUGUUCUGGCUACUUCUGAAUUUUAAAUCACAUAUCUCACCCUCCUCCAUGGGUUGAUGUAUUACUCUCUUCUUCUCGGCUGUUGCUUGUUCUAUUUAUUCCUUUUAUCUGAAAUGUUAUCUGCUCCAACUCACUAUAUCCAGAUUCUUUAAUACUCAACUCAGGUAUUACUUUCUUCCUGACUCUUCUUUUGUUCUAUCCUUCCUCCUUUCUCUGAAAUCCCUUUGCAUUACAUUUGUCCUCCCAGAUACUUAUCACUUUUAAUAUUAUAUUAUAAAUAUUUAAAUACCUGUCUUAUCUCUUGCUGACAUGAAAAAUAUUUGAGUGUGUGUGUGUGCUUGUGAGAGAGAGAGAGAGGGAGAGAGAGAGAGAGGG